GGAAUCGUUGCGCACAAGUAACAACGGCCGCCUUGACUUGUGUGGGGUAGAGUCUGAAAGUGUCUGCGCGCUCCAAACACAAACCCUCCCCGAGUCUGCUCAGCUGCCACGUUGCUUCAACUUUCUACAUUCCAAGCGUCCACACAGGCAGCUCUGUGUUGCUAGUGACGCUGCAGUUCACUGCAAACCAUGCAUUGCCCCUCCCCCACUAGAAGAGUGCUGGAAGCCUGCUCUUCAAAACAACGACAUGUCUACUAAGGUUGCCGUGGUAACGGGCAGUAACAAGGGGAUUGGUCUAGCCAUCGUCAAGGCGUUGUGCCAGCAGUUUGAGGGUGUGGUCUACGUCACCGCCAGAGACAUUGGACGUGGAAAGGAGACCGUGGAGACCUUGGUGUCGGAAGGACUCAAACCCAUGUUCCACCAGCUGGACAUCAACGACCUCAGCAGCAUCACGGCGGCAGCAGCGUACUUCAAAGACAAGUACGGAGGUGUAGACAUUCUGGUCAACAAUGCUGGGAUAGCAUUUAAAGGAGCAGACACAACACCGUUUGCCGUGCAGGCAGAGGUGACGCUCAAGACCAACUUCUUUGCCACCAGAGACAUGCUGACCCACUUCCUACCACUUGUUAAAACUGGAGGUCGUGUGGUGAACAUCUCCAGCUUUGUCGGCUCCCGUACUUUGAAUCAAUGUAGCCCCGCCCUCCAGGAGCGUUUCCGUAGUGAGGACCUAUCGGAGGAGGAGCUAGUGGGACUGAUGCAGCGAUUCGUUGAGGAGACCAAGAAAGAUGAGCAUAAGAAGGGGGGCUGGCCCGACACUGCGUACGGAGUGUCCAAGACCGGUGUGACUGCACUCUCUUUUAUCCUGGCCCGCAGACUGUCCAGGGAGAGACAUGGAGACAAGAUUUUGCUCAAUGCCUGUUGCCCAGGCUGGGUGCGUACCGAUAUGGCCGGCACCAAAGCCCCCAAGUCACCAGAAGAGGGCGCUGAGACUCCAGUCUACCUUGCUCUGCUCCCCCCUGAUGCCAAUCAGCCCCAUGGGCAGUUUGUGUCCGACAAACAUGUGCAGCCAUGGUGAAAAGGACAAGACACCAGUGUGUUCUUAUAAAAAGUAAACAAUAUUACAUCUCCAACAAUUUGAUUUGAAUAUUAUGGCCUAAGACAAUUAUAGCAACUAAUCUGUUUCCAUAGCCAUCAUCACUUUUGUUUCAAGAAGUAUGGUUUUGUAGAACAUAUGUUUCUUUAGUAUGUCCAACACUAACCUGAACAGAUUUUAAAUCAUGUUUAUGCUUUUAAUAAAAUUUGAAUUUCCUUUU